AUGGGCUCGGCGGGCGCGCGGGGGCGCGCCACGUGGGUGCUGGCCGGGGGCCUCUUGGCUGCCGCCCUGGCGCUGCCCGCGGGGUCCGGGGACCGAGGCCGGCCCCCCGCGGACCCGGGUCACCUCCGGCGCCCCCUUGGCGCCCAGCCUCCCCUGGAUCCCUGCUCGGCUCCCGGGGUGGGGCCCGAGCAGACCGCGAAGGACUUGCCCCAUGGGAUUUGGCCCAGUGUGGAAAGCUCUCACUUUCUGACUGCAGUAGAAGCACCAUUUGGAGUGAAAUUCAAUAAGAAAACUGAAGUCCUUAACCCACCCCCGACUUCUGCAGCCUCUAGUGGGCCGUGGCUUCAUUCUGUAUUUGCUUUUAUACCCUCGUGGCCCAAGAAGACCUUGUUUAAAAGAGAGUCUGCUGUAACACACCGCUUGUAUGGAGACAUUUCAAGAGACAUUCAAGGAACUUCUGAGAAUGGAGUAAUUUUUCAGAAAUGUGCAGUGGUGUCCGUGCAGAGCCAGUGGCCGACAGCUCACGUGCGACUCUUUGUGAACAACACCAGGACGCCCACGGCUGCCAACCUCUCUGACCUGCUCUUACUGGACAACAUCACCGGCCUCACCGUUAGGGAGUCGGCUGGAAACCAGACCUCAAGAGGGUUCCAGGCUUUCAGGAAGAAGUUUCUGCAAGUUGGAGACUCCUUCUCCGUCAGCUACACAGCCUCGCUGGAGGCCAGAGACGUUGGGAGUGGAGAGGUCCUGUUGCUUCCUGCCCAGCUCUCCUUCCAGAGUUCAUCACAGAACAGAGCCCAGCUAAAAGCCCUUUUCACCAUAACAACAGAAGAAAAGAUAACGGUUCUACCAAACCACGGCCUCCACGCAGCAGGGUUCUUCGUGGCCUUCAUCCUCUCCCUGGUGCUGACCUGGGCUGUGCUUUUCUUCAUGGUUCGAUAUCAGUGCUUGAAGGGAAGCAUGCUUACCAGACAUCAGGUUCAGCAUCAUGACAGCAAGCUGGAGCGCUCCCAGUUCACCUCAGCUGAUGGUGUGAAUGAAGAUCUCGCUCUAAAUGACCAAAUGAUAGACAUUCUGUCUUCAGAGGACCCCGGGAGCAUGCUUCAAGCCUUAGAAGAGCUGGAAAUUGCAACCCUGAAUCGGGCAGACUCAGAUCUGGAAGCUUGUCGAACCCAAAUCAGCAAAGAUAUCAUUGCUCUUCUACUGAAAAAUCUGACCAGCAGUGGCCAUCUCUCCCCUCAGGUAGAGAGGAGGAUGGGUGCUGUUUUCAAAAAGCAGUUUCUGUUGCUGGAGAAAGAAAUUCAGGACGAGUAUGAUCGGAAGAUGGUGGCCUUGACAGCUGAGUGUGACCUAGAAACAAGAAAGAAGACAGAAAGCCAGUACCAGAGGGAGAUGGCAGCAAUGGAGGAAGCAGAAGAGGUGCUGAAACGCGUUAGUGAGAGGUCCGCUAUCGAAUGCAGCAGCCUCCUGCGGACCCUCCAUGGCCUGGAGCAGGAGCACCUGAGGAGGUCCCUUGCUCUGCAGCAGGAGGAAGACUUUGCCAAGGCCCACAGACAGCUGGCCAUUUUCCAGAGGAAUGAACUGCACAAUAUCUUUUUUACCCAGAUAAAAAGUGCUAUUUUCAAAGGGGAACUGAAGCCAGAGGCAGCGAAAAUGCUGCUGCAAGAUUACUCUAAAAUACAGGAGAAUGUAGAAGAGUUAAUGGACUUUUUCCAGGCUAGUAAGAGAUACCAUCUCAGUAAAAGAUUUGGCCACAGGGAGUAUCUGGUCCAGAACAUACAGUCAUCAGAGACCCGCGUGCAGGGCCUGCUUAGCACUGCUUCUGCUCAGCUGACUCUCCUUAUCCAGAAACACGAGAGAGCAGGCUACCUGGAUGAAGAUCAGAUGCGGGUGCUCUUGGAGCGGGCUCAGACAGAAGUCUUUUCUAUAAAACAGAAGUUGGACAAUGACUUAAAGCAGGAAAAGAAAAAACUCCACCAAAAAUUAAUAAUUAAGAGAAGACGAGAGAUGCUGCAAAAGCACAAGGAGCAGCGGAGAGAGCAGCUGUCCGUCGCUGAAGCCUUUGGGGCAGCUGAGGAUGCUCGCCAGUACGUGGGUCAGUGGCGGAGCCUGGUGGCCGAGCACAGCGCCACCCUGGAGGAGCUGCAGGAGCGCCUGGACCAGGCUGCCCUGGACGAGCUCAGGGCCCUGACCCUCUCACUGUGCGAGAAAGCCACAGAGCAGCUGCGGCGGCUGCAGAACUCGGUGAUGACCCAGGAGCUGCUCAAGCGCGGGGUCCCCUGGCUCUUCCUGCAGCAGAUCCUGGAGGAGCACAGCAGGGACCUGGCCGCCCGGGCCGAGCGGCUCGAGGGCGAGGAGAGAGACCGGGGCCAGGAGGGCAUCCAGAGCGUGAGGCAGAGACUGAAGGACGAUGCUCUGGAGGCCUCCACGGAGGAGCAGGCGGAGCUGAGACACUGGGAGCACUUGAUCUUCAUGAAGCUCUGGUCCUCUGCCUUCUCCCUGUCUGAAGAGGAGCUGCUCGGGAUGAGGCAGGAAGUUCACGGCUGCUUCACUCAGAUGGACAGGAGCUUGGCCCUUCCCAAAAUCCGGGCCCGAGUCCUGCUGCAGCAAUUUCAAACCGCGUGGCGAGAAGCAGAGUUCCUGAAAUUGGACCAGGCGCUGGCCGCCCCUGAGCUGCAGCCACAGUCCAAGGCGAGGAAGCCACGCUCCAAGAGCAAAAGCAAGACAGACCUUUUGAAGAAGUGCACUGAAGAUAAAAUUCAGCUCUUUGAGGAACAGGCCCCCGAAGACCUGGUUGAAAAGGUCCGAGGAGAGUUGCUUCGCGAGAGGGUACAGCAGCUGGAGGCCCAGGAGGGACGCUUUGCCGAGUCCCUCGUCUCCCUGCAGUUCCAGAAGGCGGCCAGGAUGGCCAAGACCCUGUGGGCGUACACUGCCCUCCUGACUAUCCAGGACCUGCUCCUGGAGGAGCUGAGUGCAUCAGAGACCCUGACCAAGUCAGCCUGCACGCAGAUCCUGGAGUCGCACAGCCCGGAGCUCCAGGAGCUGGAGAGGGAGCUGGAGGACCAGCUGGCGCACCAAGAGGCGGCCCAGCUGCAGCGGGCCCUGGAGGGUCGGCAGCAGUGGGCAGGUGAGGGGCCUGGGCUUCUGCACGAGCCGGAGGAGGAGAUGGAUUCUGAAAGGCAGGUUUCGGCUGUCCUGCGACGGGCCCUGAGCAAGGGUCAGAAGUUACUGGAGCAUCACCAGCAGAGUUUGAGAGAGGAGCAAGAGAACAGUGUCAUGCUUGAAGAUUUGCUGGAAAAUAUGGAGACGGACACCUUUGUGACCCUGUACGGCCAGGAGCUGAGACUGGCGUCCUACCUGUCGAAGCUGGCGAUGCUGCCGGGGGGCGCGCUGCGUUGGCUCCUGAGCGUGGCUGUGCCCGCAGCCUUGCAGCCCGAGCUGCUCUCCGUGCUGGAUCCCGUGGGCCAGAGGCAUCAGGACCACACAGCGGAGAGUGACGGCGGCGGGGUGCAGGCUGACCUGGGCAGGAGGGGGAAACAUCAGGGCUGGUGGCAAGCCUUUGAGAACAAACUUCGAGGAGAACUGAUAAGCAGAGGAUUAGAAAAGAUGCUCUGGGCUCACAAGAGGAAGGAGAGCAUAUUAAAGAAGACGUGUCCCCCUCUCAGAGAGAGGGUGAUAUUCUCUGGAAAAGGAAGUUGGCCACACCUGUCACUGGAGUCCGUUGGUGAACUGGCCCCAGUGCCCAUUGUAGGGGCAGAAACCAUUGAUUUAUUAAACACUGGCGAAAAGCUCUUUAUCUUCAGAAAUCCCAAGGAGCCGGAGAUCUCACUGCACCUUCCUCCCAGGAAAAAGAAGAAGAACUUUCUGAAUGCCAAAAAGGCCACUUGGGCCUUGGGCAUGAACUAGCCCAAAGGAAAGCUCCAAGGAGUCUGAAGACAGAAAGAUUUGUUUUCUCCUGCCCACAUGAGUGUGUGUGUGUGUUUAUAAUGUACAACUUGCAGGUAUUAAUUGCACUUGCAGAGGACAGAUACAUCUACUCUCCCUCCCUCACCACGACUUUCAUGGGCUCAGUUUAAUCUGGUCCCAUGAAUUCCCAGAUGGCCCAUUCCCUUCAGCAUCGCAAGAGACAUGAAGAGACAGGGGACCAGCCCGUGAACCCUCAUUGCUUUCAGUCCCACCUUGCUGAGGGUCUGGAGGAGCCCCGGGCCCUUAAUUCACAUACCCGCAACACCUGGCUGAAGAGUGGGCUGUAUGUUGAAGGCAAGGCUCUCUCUUCUCUUACAUUGUGUGUUGGUUACAUAUUCUAUUUUUAUCAAGGGAGCUUUUGGAAGAAGAGCAUUUUCCCUAAAGCUCUUCUCAAGGGAACUCGUCUUUGCUUUCUGUAGGAACCAUUUAUUUUUAAUCCCCUCUUGGGUUUUGGCCCCCACUUUGUGAUGUUCAAUGAAAAUUUGCCCUCCAUCUUUCCAGGGGCCAGAAGAUGUGCCAGCCACUGGGCAAUACCAUAUCCAACUCAAAUCAGGAAACUCAGAGGCUUAAGAAGGUGACGGGAUUUAGGCAAGAUCAUAAAGCCAAUAAGUAACAAAGUCAGGACUCACUGAGCUCUUUACGGCCUCAAACCCUUGUCCCUUCUCCUGGACUUGGUAAAUGGACACAUACCUGCCCUCAGGUGUUUGCCAACAAACUGACUGCACACAGGUCCUCGUGUUGCACAAAGUGCUUUCCUGUGCCCUGACCCUCUCCAUCCUCAGUGUGGUUGGAUCAUUAUAUGAGCUUUUCUGAGAACCAGGGAAAGAAUACAAUUAUAAUGGGUCUUUCCUAAGCGUGGGAAAUGAUUAAGCAGGGAAUCCUGUCACUAACGAGAAGAAAAGGGAUUCUGAUGAAGCAUCUCUUACAUGAGAGUUGCUUCUAGACCCUUACAGCUACUUGAACCCACUUUUUUUUUUAAUAUACAGCAGGUUCUUAUUGGUUAUCUAUUUUAUACAUAUUAGUGUAUAUAUGUCAAUCCCAAUCUCCCAAUUCAUCACACCACCACCACCGCCGCCACUUUCCCCCCUUGGUGUCCAUACGUUUGUUCUCUACAUCUGUGUCUCAAUUUCUGCCCUGCAAACCGGUUCAUCUGUACCAUUUUUCUAGGUUCCACAUAUAUGUGUUAGCAUACAAUAUUUGUUUUUCUCAUUCUGACUUACUUCACUCUGUAUGACAGUCUCUAGAUCCAUCCACAUCUCUACAAAUGACCCAACUUCGUUCCUUUAUAUUGAACCCACUUCUUAAUCCUUGACAAUACCCAGCAGAUGGGGAUCACUACUCCCAUUUUACAGCCAAGGAAACUGAGACUCAGAAAGUUUAAGUAACUUGCCUGUGAUCACACCAUGUGUAAGGGAAGAAUCCUCACUUUGAACCCAAGUCUCCUAGCUUUCAAACCCUUACCUGCCAUGAGACAUCGCAUUGCCUUUGGCAACCUGAAGGUCAAGUCUUAUUUGCAGUUUCCAUCAGCAUGCAUGCAACAUGGUGAUCAGGGAUCUUUGCCUGGAGUUGCACUUCUCCCAGGGGGCAGCUGUGUACCAUCAUAGUGGCUGCCAGUUGGCCAUAUCUCUGCAUUAGCAGAUAUGCACAAGUAAGCAGUUCAAAUGCAGGAGAGAAGAGUGGAUGGGGUCAGUUUUCCCAUCAGAAGCUCAAGUGAGAAGAGAGAGGAGAGAAAGAGCAGUGAUUUUCACACAGGAUAGUGGAGUGGAAAACGCAUGGUCUUUGGUGUAAGCUUACUUAAGUUCAGAUCCUGCUCUGUUGCUCGUGAGCCGUGUGUCCUGUGGACGUCACCUGACCUUUCAGAGCCUCAUAUUCUUCAUCAACAAAAGGAUGAUGGGAAUCCCUUGUUAUGAGGAUUAGAUGAAACUGGAUCAGUAAAGUGUUUGGUGGUGGUGUGCACCUGCCACAUCUAUGUCCUGUAUUCCUUGAAGGUGACCCAUCUGCCUUUCUAAUAAUUUCCUGAUUCUAGGACUCUGCUAGAAUUACGCAUGGCUGAAAGUAGAUUGCACAUAAGGAUUCAAAAAAAUAGCUCAAAAUUAUGGGCUGAAGGCUGAUUGAAUAGAUUAUUAGCAACGACAGGAGGUGCUCGAGCUAUUCAAAAUACAGCAUUUGAACCUAAUAAUAACUCCUUAUGUUAAUAGACAAAGACUAGCUAUUGAUUUAAUUUCUCUAAACUCACUGCAUGAGAAACACGAAGAUGUGAUAGGGAAAUCUUGUGCUCCUGGAAUCAGGUAGCUCAGGUUUAAAUUCUGGCUCUACAACUUUUAAGCAAGUCACUUUACCACUUUGAACCUUAGUCUCCUCAUCUGUAAAACAGGGGUCCUAAUACCUACCUUAGGGUAGGGAUGUCACAAAGAGUGAAGAUAUUGGAUAUUAUAUAAAAUGGUGUUCAAUAAAAUGUUGUUAUGCAAUAAAUGUAGCUUAUUUAUUAUGUUUUUACAUACUCACAAAAUUGAGCUUUGUGGUUCCCUUCAUUCCUGUUUUCACCCUACAUGAAGACAGUGACCCUUCUAGAAGGGCAGUACCUGCCACAAUACAUGGAAGCCUAUUCAUAAGAGAGAAGCUCCAGGGAACUUGAAUUGAGAGGACUUGAUUUCAAGAUAGGGCUCCAUUACUUACAAGUUGGGAGAAUUUGAGAAAAUGGCUAACCUCUCUGAGGCUCAGUGUCCCAUGGAUUAUGUCUUCUAAGAGUUCAGUCUAGUUAAGUUGACAGACACAAAAAUAAAUCAUCGUUAAGCGCAAGGGAUAAAAUAGAGUUCUGAAAACCAUGCUGUGGGAAUUUGGGAGUGAGAUGCAACCUGACUGGGGAUAUUUGGGAACAGCUUUAAGCUUUUGACCCCAAAUCUUUUAUCUCCAGACUGGACUUCCUCUUGGGCUCCAGGCACAGUUGUCACAGAUGCCUGUCCAACCCUGAACCCAUUGGCUUCCUAUAAAACCUGUUCCACUAUGGGAUGUCCCCUCUCUGAGUAGAUGGUACCAAGUCAGAAACCUACAAGUCAUCCUAGACAUCUUCCUGUUUUCAACCACCAAAUAUGAUGACUACGUCUUGCUGAUUGGACUACUGCAUUAACCUUCACAUCUAUGCCCUCUUCCUCCCCUCCACUCCUUCCCAGGCCACGUCUCUCCUGGAUGGUGCCAGCAGCAUCCUUUCUCUCCAGGUUGGCUCCAGCCAAUUUGUUCUAUGGUAACCAUAUCUGAGUCACUCCCUUGCUGAAAGACCUCCAAAAACUUUUCAAUGCCUACAAGACCUCCAUGAAUUGUCCGCUAAUAACCUUCCUACCUGUGUCUAUAGGGGAAGCCUCUACUUUCCACGGAGCCAUUGAUUGGCAAUGAGACACAAAGAAGAAGGUGGAUCUGGGUUUGCCUCCUGGAUCUGCCAUUUACUCGGUGGCCCUAGAGAAGCUACCUAAUUUCUGUGAACCUCUGUUUCCCUCACCUGUUUUAUAGGAUUAAUGAAGUGAUACUGUAAUGUGUCUGCUACAGGGAACACACAAUAAAUGCUAGCUAUUAUUGUUGUCUUAGAAAGUUUGUAAACAGAGGAGUGACAUGAUUUGUUUUAGAAAGGGACUCUAAAGGUCUUAUGGAGGAUGGGCCAGGAGUAGAAGCAGUUACUUGGGCUUUUUAUUGGCUUCUGUCUUGCAAUACACAGCUACAGGUAGGGAGUGAGGAGAUCAUUCUAUUCCUGCUUUGUGUGUGUCCUUGCUUGUCUGGCCUUUGUUUGCCAAAAUUACCAGCAACCACUCCACCACCAGCAACAACACUAACACCAUUACUCUUGAGUUCGCCUUCUCUGGAUGAGGCACAUCACUUGAAGAUUUAUCUAAAUUUUUCCUAAUCCUCAAGAAGACCAGGUAGAGGAGAUGUUAUUAUUCUUAUUUGACAGAUAACCUGCUAUGAAAUGACCUUACUCAUCAUUAAUGUAUAUGGGAACCACCAUUUCUCACCCACCUGAGAGUACUUCCUCCCUAAUUUUACUGCACCCCUACUUCAUUUGUGUGGUAACAUGUUCAGGGGAAGGGGAUUCCUCCUCCAGCCCCAGGAGAUGAACAUCACUGACUCCCAGAAUUUCCUUACAGGCUGUGGGGGUGAUGCUAAGGAUCUCUGCCUUUUAUUUAAGGGGGUUGUUUAGACCAUUAUAUUUAACGUAUUUGUUGAUAUUUGUUGUGUUUGCAUUUUAAUCUACCAAAUUGCUGUUUCGUUUUCCAUUCUUUGAUAUGUUGUUUGUUCUCUUUUUCCUCCAUUCCUGCCUUUUUGGUAUUGAGGAUCUUUUAUGAUUCAGUUUUAUUUUCUCUGUUGGAUUAUUAUCAUACUUCUUUUUUUAACUUUAUUUAUUUAUUUUUGGCUGGGUCUUCACUGCUGCACGUGUGCUUUCUCUAGUUGCUGUGAGUGGGGGCUACUCUUCGUUGAGGUGCGUGGGCUUCUCAUUGCAUUGGCUUCUCUUGUUGCAGAGCAGGGGCUCUAGGCACACGGGCUUCAGUAGUUGUAGCGCACGGGCUUAGUUGCUCUGCGGCAUGUGGAAUCUUCCCAGACCAGGGCUUGAACCCGUGUCCCCUGCAUUAGCAGGCAGAUUCUUGACCACUGCACUGCCAGGGAAAUCCUACCAUAUCUUUUUUUUAGAGGCUGUCCUAGGUUUUGCAAUAUAUAUUUUUUACUUAUAUUCCAUCUUCAAAUAGUAUUAUGUACCUUCACAUAUAGCGUAAGAAUCUUGCGACAAUAUACUUCCAUUUCCCUUCUCUAUCCUUUCUGCUAUUGUUAACCACAUUUUUGCUUCUAUUUGUGUUAAACCUCCACGUACGUUGAUGAUAUUUUACUUUUUAUAUGCAGUUAUCUUUUAAAGACUUACAAUUAGAAAAAUAUGUUUUUACAAAUAUUUGCAACUUCUGGUGCUCAUUUUUCUUUUAUGUAGAUCCAUAUUUCCACCUUGUAACACUUUCCUUCUUCAUAAAAAAAUGUCCCAUAAUAUUUCUUCUAGUGCAAGUUUUCUGGUGAUGAGUUUUCUCACACUUUGUGUCAAAAGUCUCUUUAUUGCCUUCAUUUUCAAAAGCUAUUUUUACUGAGUAUAGAGUUCUAGGUUUCCAGUGUUUAAAUUUUUUUCUUUCACUACUUUAAAGAUGUCACUCUUAUUGGAUUUAAUUUGUUAAUGUUUUGGUGAGGAUUUUUGCAUCUGCAUUUAUGAAAGAUAUUGGUUUGUUGUUUUCCUUUCUUAUAAUAUCUUUAUCUGAUAUUAAGGUAAUGCUGGUCCCAUAGAAUGAUUUAGGAAGUGUUUCCUCUGCUUCUACUAUCUGGGAGAGAUUGUAGAGAAUUGGUAUCACUUCUCCCUUGAAUAAUAAUAAUUAUCAUAUGGAAUAGUUUCACCAGUGAAUCCAUCUGGGCCUAGUGCUUUCUGUUUUGGAAGGGUAUUAAUUAUUGAUUCAGUUACCUUAAUAGAUAUAAGCCUAUUUAGAUUGUCUGUUACUUCUUGUGUGAGUUUUGGUAGCGUGUGUCUCUUGAGAAAUUGGUCCAUUUCAUAUAAGUUAUCAAAUGUACAAGCAUAAAGUUUUGGAAAAUAUUCCUUUGUUUUCCUUUUAAUGUCCAAGAGAAUAGUUGUGAUGACCACUCUUUCAUUUCCAAUAUGUAAUGGGCUUAUUCUCUUUUUCUCUCCCUUGAUUAACAUGGCUACACAUAUAUUGAUUUUAUUGAUCUUUUCCAAGAACUGGUUUUAUGUUUUCUUGAUUUGUUUCUAUUGUCCUAUUUUCAGGUUCUUUGACUUCUGAUACUACAAAUUUUAGUAUUUCUUUUUUUCUAUUUAAGAUUAAAGUACAGUCUCUUACAACCCCCUGUAGUCACCUGACCACUACUCCUUACCUUUAAUUUCUUCUUUUCCAGGAGCAACUAAUUUCAACUGUUUAGCUGUUUCUCGUGGCAUCAAGAUUUAUACUCUUAGGAACAUAGUGCAACUUCUCAGUGCUGUAUUAUUCAUAACAUAUAUUGACCU